AUCUUUGUGGCUUCUUUUUAUCUUUUCCUUGCCUUGGCACUUUCUCCUGUCUUUAACGCAUUACACUUUUAUUUCUUUUCUUCUAUCUAUUCUCUUACUUGUAUACUUUUAUUACCUAAUUCUCUUUUGUCGUUACUUGUCUCCAUGGCGUCGCCGCAAAAGACAGAGCCUAUUUCCAUCCUGAAAUCAGCUUCUAAUAUCCGUUCCGGACUGUCUGACACUAAUAUAACUGCCAACCGGACAACUCGUAUUGUUCUCAGCGAAGAUGAAGACGAUGACUAUGUUCAGGAGACAGGUCACUUUUCCGAUGGAGAAGACGACGAUCCUUGUGCCAUGCCUGUCUCUGGUGAAGCCCUUGAAUUAUUAAAAAACGAAAAAGUAGUAAAAGCAGGCUAUUUAAUGAAAAAAGGCGAAAAACGAAGACGAACAUGGAAAAAACGAUGGUUUGUACUGCGAACCACCAAAAUGGCCUUGUACAAAGACAGCAAGGAAUAUAAACUUUUGCGCAUCAUUGAUUUGCACGAGAUCCACAGUGUCGUACAAGUGACUUCGAAGAACAAGUAUAAAUUUGUAUUUGCAAUUAUUACCCCCAAACGAAUGUAUUACGUGCAAGCCAAGGAUCAAGCGGAUAUGGAUGGUUGGUUUGAUGCCAUCGAACGAACGAAAGCCGAACUGAAAUCGCACGAUGAAGACGAUUCCAGCUCUGUCGAUCGCGAUCAAGAGUUCGCAAAGGAUGUAAUUACUUCUUAUAAAUCGAAUCAUACCGCCAACAUGAUGCAGCAGCGGCGUCGAUCAUCGGGUGCGACCUGUGACACACCUACACGUAGACCGUCCGGUGGCGGAGUACUACCAGGGUCAUCGGCGAGCGAUAAACCUACAUCACAUGUCCAUGUACCACCGGUCGAUAUCCCCAAGCCUCAGCGCACUCAUCCUCAAUCUUCUCCCGCUCACGUCAGUUAUACCCCACAGACACCACUGAGUGAAUUCGCCACUGGUCAUAUUUAUCCAUUGUCACCCAACUCGGAACAUCAAGCCCAUGUUCAUAUGGCUGAAGGGUUAGCCAGCUCGGAAGAUGAUGAGGAAUACAGCUGGCAUUCGGACAUGGCCAACGUCUGUGAGGAAGAAAGUCGCAACCGUGUGUUGAUCGAAGGCUAUCUUCUAAAACUUGGACGCAACAAGGGCUGGAGAAAGCGUUGGUUCGUCUUGCGACCUGAAACAUUGGCUUACUAUGAAGAUGAUAAGGAAUAUGCACCUCAUCGUAUUAUUCCCCUUACGCACAUCAUUGAUUCAUUAGAAAUCGAGCCUAUCAGCAAGCACAAACGUUACUGCUUCAAAAUCAUUAUUCCUAAACGCAACUAUGUCCUGUGCGCAAACACCGAAGUGGAUUUGGAAUCAUGGCUGAACGCCUUGAGCGUGGCAGUCCGACGAGCAAAGAAGGAAUCGGGCGAAGUCAAGCCAAGCUCGCUUCCCAAAGACCCUCAACCACCGUGCCCUUUACCAGCAUCCUCCCGCCCAUUGUCACAAAUACCCGAAAAUGGAGAUACGUACUCUCCUUUGCAGAGAUUGGCCUCGGGAUCGUCCGUAGAAUCCUUUGAGAAUACCAGUCAUAUAUCAGGUGUAAGCGGUGCAGGAGGCGUCGGUGGUGCGGGAGGCGCUCUCGGAGGUGCACCGACCUCGAGUGGUAUAGCACGACUCCAUUCCAGGGCUUCCGAACGUCUCGGCCGAGCCAAAUAGUGAAUGCUUUUCAGCUCAUCAUGCAUCAAGCCGUACCUUUCGCUCCUUUUCCAUUAUCCAUCUUAAAAAAAGUUUCUCAAGUCUGCAUGCAUACUCACUUGUUUUAUUGUUACAACAUCCAUUUAUUUAGUCUUUUAUGCAAAUUCCCAAUCUUUUUUCGUUUCUUGUGUCUUUUUUUUUAUACAUGCAAUGCAACACAGAUUGGUAAUAUCACGCGACCCUAAUGUAAACCUUCUUUUUUUUUUUUCCAUCGGUGC